UUCUCAUCUUCGAACCAGGACCGGCCCCUGCUUUCCCUUAGCCACUUGGUGCUCGUAUCGAGGUCGGCUCCGGGGCGGCUGGGAAGGCCUCGGGCGAGAUGUUCAAAAACACAUUCCAGAGCGGCUUCCUCUCCAUCCUCUACAGCAUUGGCAGCAAACCCCUGCAGAUCUGGGACAAAAAGGUACGGAAUGGCCACAUCAAAAGAAUCACUGAUAAUGACAUCCAGUCCUUGGUGCUAGAGAUUGAAGGAACAAAUGUCAGCACCACAUACAUCACGUGUCCUGCAGACCCAAAGAAGACGCUGGGGAUUAAACUUCCCUUCCUCGUCAUGAUUAUCAAAAAUCUGAAGAAAUAUUUUACCUUUGAAGUACAGGUACUAGAUGACAAGAAUGUGCGUCGGCGGUUUCGGGCGAGUAACUACCAGAGCACCACCCGAGUCAAACCCUUCAUCUGUACCAUGCCCAUGCGGUUGGAUGAUGGCUGGAACCAGAUUCAGUUCAAUCUGUCAGACUUCACUAGGCGGGCGUACGGCACAAAUUAUAUCGAGACCCUAAGAGUGCAGAUUCAUGCAAACUGUCGCAUCCGACGGGUUUACUUCUCAGACAGACUCUACUCAGAAGAUGAACUGCCAGCAGAGUUCAAACUGUAUCUCCCAGUUCAGAACAAAGCAAAGCAAUAACUGGAAUGCAACUCAAGGGAUAGCCCCUGGACAUGGCUCUUAGUUUAAAAAGGAAACUGUCUGGAGGACAAUGCAAAAA